AUGCCUUCAGAUCUAGAUCUUCUUACUGAUAUGGGCUUCGACAAGACCCGAGCCGAAAUUGCAGUCAAGAAAAGCGGUGGCCUUCAGGGUGCUCUGCAAUGGCUAGAGGAUAACCAGGAUAAACCUCUAGAGGAAAUUCAAGCUGCGGAGGCUAGCAAGGCAGAUGACGAUGAGGAGGAGGAUGCCGAGACCAAGGCCAAAAUUGCUGAAAUUGAGACGGGUCAAGCUCGCUCACUUGUAUGCAAUGAGUGUGGCAAGAAGUUCCGAAAUCACGACCUAGCGACGUUCCAUGCCACCAAGACAGACCACACAGAUUUUUCAGAGUCAACCGAGGAAAUCGCCCCAUUGACAGAGGAGGAGAGAAAAGCCAAGUUGGAAGAACUGCGUGAGCGCCUCAAGGCCAAACGAGCUGUCCAAUCUGUCCAGGAUAAGGCAGACGCCAAACGAAACGAGCAAAUUCGCCAAAAGUCCACCAAGGAAAGCCAAGAUCUGAAAGAAGAGCUCGCACGCAAGGAACAAAUCAAAGAGGCUGCCAAAAAACGCCAAGAGAAGCAAGACGACAUGGAAGCCAAGAAGCGCAUCAAGGCCAAGAUUGAAGCCGACAAGGCCGAACGACGACGCAAAGCUGAAGAAGCCAAAGCCGCGAGAGAAGGGAGAGCUCCAGAGGUUGCUGCCGGCUCUGCUGCCCCUGCCCCCGCGGCGGUAGCGCCGCCUAAGCCCAAGGCUGAUCACAACACGGCUAGAUUGAGACUCCAGACCCCCAGCGGCAACCUUAUGAAGACUUUGCCGGCGGAGACGACGCUGUUUGAGUUGGCGCAGAUGGUGCAGGGUGAGACUGGGCUGGUGGUGACGAGCUUCUCAACUACGUUUCCCAAGAAGACUUUUUCGGGGGAUUUGGACAUGUCUAAGACUUUGAAGGAGGCUGGGUUUGUGCCGUCGUCGGCGUUGAUUGUUCAAUAA